AGCUCGAAGGGGGGACUGUAGCUAUCUACUGUGAGCUGUGGAUGUGAAGCAACGGCGUUCUUCUUGUUCGUUUCAUUAUCUGCUUGGAUCGCGGCGAUAUCUGCACAGCCUCUCUGAUGUAAGGAAAGGGAAAGCAUUCGUGGACUUUGAAAUCCAGAAGACUUCAUCAUAUGAAAAAUAGCCACCCGAACGCUGUCGGAAAACAGAAAUCUAACAAGGAACCAGUGUGCAAAAAACAGAGAGCGUUGCUCUUCAGAUAUCAAAGGACAAGGAAUGGUUGGAUUAACAGGGGAAAUCCAAAACGGCAGGACUAAGAUUUAAAAAUACAGUUGUUUAAAUAUCUUUAUGAUUUCAGAUGGAAAGGGUAGCUAUGGUGUACGUGUCUGUGUUGUUUAGCUAGCUUGCUAAUUAGCUAGCUAACUCCCAAUCUCUGAAACGGCAGCUAGUGACUAGCUAAUCUGAGAUUCUGUAACAGUAACAGGAUACAUUUCUAACAAAUUGUUAAUGGUCACUGGCAAGUGGAGCAAAUUGUCAGAUCGCAGUUCAGUUAGCAAACAACGUAACAUUGUCUCUGUUCCUCUUGAUACUAACAACAGCAUGCUAGUUAAUUAGAGAUUUGCAGUGGUGUUAUUAGCUAUCAUAAUAUGAUCAUGUAAACAUUAGAAACGGUAACAGUCUGAUAGCGCUCUUCCUCGUUAACUGCUGGACUUUGGUUUGCAAAGGACAAUGUUGUGGAUGGGGCAGGAAAGGGAGAUAUUUGCGGUAUUAAACACUCAAGUCCUCUGACUGUGUAGUUUGGGAUGCAUAGUGGUGAAAGAAAAUUAAUCCAUAACGUGAUGAGAGAAGGGAAACCAAAGAUAGUACCUAGAUAGCGUUGUUUUCUUGUCAUCCAGCUAGACUAGUUGCAUGAUUCUUUGAUCAAAUCUUGAACUUGAAUCAGUCCCAACAGAUGUAAACAUUUCUGACUAUCAGGGUAUUGCUGUUCCACUGCCAAAAUUCAGGACUAGCCCAUGAUCAGCAGUAAUUUUGCUUGACACAACGAAAGGAACAACUGGAAAAAUAGUGUAGGUGAGGACCGAUCAUACUACAUACAAAGGAGAUCUGUCGGGGAAAAAAAACUGAAGGACAUCAGUAUUACAUUGUAACAGGAGUUUCCAGAUUCUACAAGAUACUGAGUUUUACCUGGUCAGUUAGUAACUGCUGGCAAACUGUCUGAUAAAAGUGGAAUAUUUGGACUUUGGAACUCCCUACAUGUAAAUUGAAAUCUCGCGCAAGUUCAGUGUCAACCCGUUCAGAAGACAUUGGAUAUUCUUCCGACCUCAAGCAAGCCAUGGCAGCUGUAGUAAACUACUCACCUCCAUGGUGGGUGAACCUACUACAUCGACUCCCUCACUUCAAUCUUCAGUUCCAACAAAUAAGCAAUGACUUUCGCCCAGAGGACUCGGAAUACCAGAAGUCCAUCCUGCUGCUGGGAGGCGUGGCACUCGCCUGCCUGGCCCUGGACCUCCUCUUCCUGCUCUUCUACUCCUUCUGGCUCUGCUGCCGUCGCAGGAAGAACGACGACCAGCCCAACGCCGACUGCUGCUGCACGGCCUGGUGCGUCAUCAUUGCCACGCUCGUUUGCAGUGCUGGCAUUGCUGUUGGUUUCUAUGGGAACGGUGAGACUUGUGAUGGGGUCAACCGGCUCACAUACUCUCUCCGGCACGCCAACCGCACAGUGGCAGGAGUGGAGAAGCUGGUGUUGGACAGCACCACUUCAUUGAACCAGACAGUAGAGGACGGCCUGCUACAGCUGGAGAGUCAGUACACCAAGCACACAGACUACGUGUCCAUCGUACAGAAGCUACAGGGCCAGCUUGAUGAACUGGUUCGCCAAAUGGUAGAAAUCCCCUUCUGGGGCAACAGUGACAUAUCUAUGGAAGACCUGGCUGCGAAGACGGAGCUUUUCGACUGGUACAGGUGGCUGGCAUACUUGGGCCUCCUGUUGUUCGAUGUCCUCAUCUGCCUGCUGGUGCUGUUUGGCCUUAUUCGCAACUCAAAGGGAACGCUCAUUGGCGUCUGCUUGCUGGGCGUGUUGACGCUCGCUGUCAGCUGGGGAUCCCUGGGCCUGGAGCUGGCUUUUGCUGCAACCUCCAGUGACUUCUGUGUGGCUCCUGACAUGUACAUCACCAAGGUGACGGAGGAGAACGCCAUCAUGAAUGCAGAUAUUCUGCAGUACUAUCUGAAGUGCAGCAUGGGACAAGCAAACCCAUUUCAGCAGAAGCUGUCAGGCAGUCACAAAGCACUGGUGGAGAUGCAGGACGACGUGGCGGAACUACUGCGCUCAGCAACUCGAGAGUAUCCUCAGACCAAGGGGAAUCUGGAGCAGAUCCAAGGGGUGCUGAACACCACAGAGAUUGGCCUGCACCAGCUCACAGCCCUGGUGGACUGCCGCAGCCUGCACAUGGACUACGUUCAAGCCGUGACAGGCCUGUGCUACGACGGUGUGGAAGGCCUCAUCUACCUGGUCCUGUUCUCCUUCGUCACAGCGCUCAUGUUCAGCUCCAUUGUGUGCAGUGUGCCCCACACCUGGCAGAGCAAGAGGAAUGAGGAGGAUGGAGAGGAGGAGUCCAUGGCUCAUGGCAACCGGCAGACUCACGAUAACCUGUACCGCGUUCACAUGCCUAGUCUGUACAGUUGUGGAAGCAGCUAUGGUAGUGAGGCCAGCAUCCCCGCGGCCGCACACACCGUCAGCAAUGCACCCGUCACAGAGUACAUGAGCCAGAAUGCAAACUUUCAGAACCCCCGGUGUGAGAACACCCCACUGAUUGGCAGGGAGUCCCCUCCACCCUCUUACACCUCGAGCAUGAGGGCCAAAUACCUUGCCACCAACCGGCCCGAGCCCAACAACUCAGCUGUACAAUAAAGGCCGUUGGCUCAUACUCACCUCCAGAGACCAGUAUGGAACCCUCCAGAGUCCGGGAUCUCUCUUCAAAUGCACCCUCUGUCUCCACUCACCCCAACCGCCAAUCAUAGACAUGCUCAUCCGACAAAUCAGAGCUUCUGCCGUUCUCUGUGCUUUAAACCAAAACUCUCAGCAAAUGCAAGUCUUUAAAAUGUUUUAAUCAUAGCCAUGUCCUUCACUUCAAAAAAGAAGAAAAAGAUGAAAGAUGCUUUUAUUAUGCAUUGUAAAUAUUGUAAUUCCCUGCUCCUGAAACCCGCUGUGGUGCUCUGAAAGAAAGGGAAUCCAGAAGACUUGCUGUAUUGCAAGGUUCAGUUUUCUCCACCAGAGGGCAACCACAUGGUUACCUAGAAGACUCCUUGGAAAACAUGUUUCUACUCUUGCAUUCUGGCUCCAAAAGUCUGAUGACUAACAAGAUGCUAGGAAGAACAUGUGGAAAAAGGGGACAAUGACCUCUGCUGGAUUUUUAAUUUUUUUUAUGAGUUUCACAUACCCUCUUUAUGUUUACUCCAGACAACCACUUUAACAUUUUGUUUUUUUUUUUUUGCUUUGUUUUUUGUAAGAACCAUACCACUAUGUUUACCACUACCAGCUAUUGCAGUGAUUUCACUCGGUUUUAUAUGGCCUGGAAAUGUAUGACUUUAAUGUAUACAGGGAAGAUCCACAUAUUUGACUGUCUGUCUUAUCAUUUCCUUUGCAAGGUGCAGAAUAUGACUAUCUUUGAAGACACUCAGUUGUGUAGAUUCAGACACAAAGUGACAUUGCCGUUUAGCAGUGACCUGGAAUUCAGCACUGCUAAAGCUGGAAUGCUGAGGUCUAUAAAACCCACUGUUGUUUUCAAGUUUAUAGAAGAGAUAAUACACACGUGGCAAUGUGCUUUGUGUCUUUUCAUGAAUGAAUUCUUUCCUGAUAUUCUGACAGAGGUGAGGAAACCGAAUGUCUUGAAACACUGUAAAUUCUGGUCAAGGCUGGAAGUCUUCUUGCAUUUACCUUGUUGUCCAAACAUACACACAUCAGAGAUGCCAUGUAGUCAUUUUGAGCCUAAGCUAGCUCUGUAGUGGCAGUAUUGAAAUGACUGUUGUUAUGGAAAUGUCAUAAUGUGUUUUUCAUCACUCCAGCAGUACAUCACACAGGAUUCUAUCUACUCACUCAAAUGCCAAUAUGAAGGAACAGUAUUCAGCACUUGGUGUUGUGUCCUUUCAAGGCGACUUGAACCAUGGUUCCAGCAGGAUUAAGAGGUUUUGUUUAUAAUUUACAGCAUCUCUGCCAGAGAGUUGACUCAAACAAAGCAUUCCUUUGUCUUGGCGACACUGCCACUCAACCGAUGGAUGAAAACAAUGUUGUGUUUUUUUUUUUUUUGUCCACGUCUUUCAAAUCACCUUUGACAUGCUGCCACAUUGGCAUGAUGUUCCCUUUACCAUUUGUUUCAUAUUUGAUUCAGCAGGGUAGCCUGUAACACCUGGGACCAGUGGCCUGUUGCAUUCAUGUUGUGUCUCUCUGGCUGAGUCUCUCCGUGGGGUUUUGCCAUCGAAGUUUACUGCCGCUAUGUCAGAGAAAAUGUUGUGAUAAUGUGUUAUUUGACUACACUUGAAUUGUGAGCACUUGUGUGCAUGUUUAAAUGUGAACUGGACACAGAAUGCUGUGGAUCCUGCCCCUUGGGUAAGGUUCCAAUCACCAUUUUGAGCUGGAUGAGGAAGGCACACUGACCAGUGCCAAAUACAGUAACAGGAGAGUGGAAGGAGUCAUCUGACUUUCUCCUCUUACUGCUCAAGUUGAGAAAGGGAGGCAGUUCAAAUGGAAUUUACAAAAGAGAAAAAAAUUGUUGUAUAUUCUUUUGAAAAUCCACAAGGAAUUGAUGCAUUGGUGCUCCUUAUGUGAUAAUGUGACUAACAGAACUAACCACAGUAGUUGUCGAUUUUUGCUUAUGUUUUUUGCCAUAAAAUUUUUUUGUUAAAAAAAAAAAAAAAAAAUCCCCUGUAAAGCACAAGCAUUUUUGUUCCGACAGCCUUUGGACUGGUUCUAAAUCGGAACUACAUCAUGGAGAAAAAGAAAAAAAGAAGAAAAAAGCACACUUGCAACAAGGAGUGUGCCGUGUGGAACUGCUCAGCAUCAGUUCUCACAUAUCAAAGUUUCUUUCAACCUGUAAGAUAUCUUUGCUGUGAAGUUCUUCAGUCUACCAGUUUUCUAGUGCUAGUGGUAGUCUUCCUGUGCGUACAGUACAGUUGUUGGUGUGUUUGCUUGCCAGUGGAAAUGGGCUCAGUCUUCUGGUUUCCUGGCAGCUCCCCAGCACCUUUGCUCCUAGCACAGAUUCUGCUGGGCCCCCGCACACUCGCUCACUCACUCACCCUCUCACUUCUCUCCCAGUCUUCUGCUCUGUACAAUGAUGACGCACACAGAGGUGCCGUAGCGGCAUUUCUAUCUUGCAUAAAAAUGCAGGAGAGUAUGAUUUCAUUCCACCUGACUGCAUAUGUCUGAGGAACAAAGGUCUGUGGUGUGUGGCAUUUGGAGUGAAAUAUUCCCUCUGCUGUCACAUAUUAUUACACAUACAAGGAACAGCAGCUCUGAUCUCACACAAGCAGAAUAGGAUUGUUUUCUCUGUGCUAAAUGCACUGAGACCUCUUGAUUUAAUGUGAUUAGUUUUAAAUUUGAAGUGGAAAUUUGAAUGCAAAGUGGAAUCAACCCUCGAGAAGUUAAAUAAAGGGAAAUUCUCUCGAGGCUGGGGUUGGUGGGUCUUAGCAUUAAAUCAUCUUUUGUUAUCUUUAAGCAAAGUGUUUUUACAUUGCAUAAAGGACAUUUCAGCAAACUGGGCCAGUCACCAACAAUACAGCUCCACUCUAGUCUUUCCUUUACCUCUCUGUUAAAUACCACUGGUUGUUUUGUUCUCAUUCACUUUUGCCUUUUUAAAAAUGAUCAUUACUGGGAGGCCUGAACAACCAAAAGACCUAUGUGAGAAUUGAG